AUGAAGAUGAUGGGGAAGCGCGUGAAUUUUGCGGCCCGGUCCGUCAUCUCACCCGAUCCCAACAUCGAGCCCUCGGAGAUCGGCGUGCCUCUGGACAUUGCUUCGAACCUCUUCUACCCAGAGGUCGCCACCCCCUUCAAUAUCGAGUGGCUGCGCAGCCUCGUAGAACGAGGUAAUGAAUAUCCUGGAGCCGCCGAGGUGCACAUCUCCAAGUCGGACGGCAGCAAGAACAUCUUGGGCUUGGCCAAGAUGUCACAGGCCGACAGAAACACCUGGGCCAAGCAGCUUCUGACCGACCUUAAGUCGGGAAAGCCACCCUGGACUGUCUUCCGCCACUUGAUGGACGGUGACCCACUCCUCGUCAAUCGCCAGCCAACUUUGCACAAGCCUGGCAUCAUGGCGCACACUGCUAAGGUCUUGAGAAAAGAGAAGACCAUUCGUUUGCACUACGUCAACUGCAACACUUACAACGCCGACUUCGAUGGAGAUGAGAUGAAUCUGCAUGCCCCGCAGGACCGGCUUAAAGUCUCUCGACCGCGCAAGGACAUGUCCUGA